AUGGGAGGGAGAGAACCAGGCAAAGGUUUAAAGGAAGAGAUUUCUAGACCAUGGCACAGCAAAUCUGCAAAGGCGCUGAAGCAUCUUCAACUUGGUUCAUUUGAGGAAUAUAUUGAGAAGACCAAGGAGAAGCGGCUUCUGCAGGUGGUGGCGCUGGUGCUGGCGGCCCUGGUCCUUCUGCCCAACGUGGGGCUGUGGGCGCUGUACCGCGAACGGCAGCCCGACGGCACCCCCGGGGGAUCUGGGGUUGCGGUGGCCCCGGCGGCCGGACAGGGAUCACACAAUCAGCAAAAGAAGAUACUUUUCGUGGGAGAUAGACAGAAGCUGAAGGACUGGCACGACAAAGAGGCCAUCAGAAGGGAUGCUCAGCGUGUAGGAAAUGGAGAACAGGGGCGACCUUACCCCGUGACCGACGCCGAGCGAGUGGAUCAGGCGUACCGAGAAAACGGAUUUAACAUCUACGUCAGCGACAAGAUCUCCCUGAACCGCUCUCUCCCUGACAUUCGGCACCCAAACUGCAACAGCAAACUCUACCUGGAGGCGCUCCCCAACACCAGCAUCAUCAUCCCCUUCCACAAUGAGGGCUGGUCCUCCCUCCUCCGCACCGUCCACAGUGUGCUGAACCGCUCGCCCCCGGAGCUGAUCGCCGAGAUUUUGCUGGUUGACGACUUCAGUGAUCGAGAGCACCUGAAGAAGCCACUUGAAGACUACAUGGCCCAUUUCCCCAGCGUGAGGAUUCUCCGAACCAAGAAGCGGGAAGGGCUGAUAAGGACCCGGAUGCUGGGGGCCUCAGCAGCAGUUGGGGAUGUCAUCACAUUCUUGGACUCACACUGUGAAGCCAAUGUCAAUUGGCUCCCCCCCUUGCUCGACCGCAUCGCUCGGAACCGCAAGACCAUCGUGUGCCCGAUGAUCGACGUGAUUGACCACGACGACUUCCGGUACGAGACCCAGGCGGGGGAUGCCAUGCGGGGCGCCUUUGACUGGGAGAUGUACUAUAAGCGGAUCCCCAUCCCUCCAGAACUGCAGAAGGCGGACCCCAGCGACCCAUUUGAGUCUCCCGUGAUGGCCGGUGGACUGUUCGCCGUGAAUCGGAAGUGGUUCUGGGAGCUGGGCGGCUACGACCCAGGCCUGGAGAUCUGGGGAGGCGAGCAGUAUGAAAUCUCAUUCAAGGUGUGGAUGUGUGGGGGCCGCAUGGAGGAUAUCCCCUGCUCCAGGGUGGGCCACAUCUACAGGAAGUAUGUACCCUACAAAGUCCCUGCCGGAGUCAGCCUGGCCCGGAACCUGAAGCGAGUGGCGGAGGUGUGGAUGGACGAGUACGCGGAGCACAUCUACCAGCGCCGGCCCGAGUACCGCCACCUCUCCGCCGGCGACGUGGCCGCCCAGAAGCAGCUCCGCAGCUCCCUCAGCUGCAAGAGCUUCAGGUGGUUCAUGACGCAGAUCGCCUGGGACCUGCCCAAGUUCUACCCGCCCGUGGAGCCGCCGGCAGCAGCGUGGGGCGAGAUCCGCAGUGUGGGCACAGGGCUGUGUGUAGACACGAAGCAUGGGGCCCUGGGCUCUCUGCUGAGGCUGGAAAGCUGCGUCCGGGGCCGCGGGGAGGCCGCCUGGAACAACAUGCAGGUGUUCACCUUCACCUGGAGAGAGGACAUCCGGCCUGGGGACCCCCAGCACACCAAGAAGUUCUGCUUUGAUGCCGUCUCCCACACCAGUCCAGUCACCCUCUAUGACUGCCACAGCAUGAAGGGCAACCAGCUGUGGAAAUACCGAAAAGACAAGACCCUAUACCACCCCGUCAGCAGCGGUUGCAUGGACUGCAGUGAAAGCGACCACAGGAUCUUCAUGAACACCUGCAACCCCUCCUCUCCCACCCAGCAGUGGCUGUUCGAACACACCAACUCAACAGUCCUGGAAAAAUUCAAUAGCAACUGAGCCCACAUGUCUCCGUGCAGGCCUGGCAGGGUCCUCCCUGCCGCUCACUGUGGCCUUCCUCUCCGGGGGGAGGCAGGGCUUCCGUGGGCAUCGUGAUGCAAAGGUUCUGGCCAGCUGGUUCAGGGUGGAGCGAGCUCUUAAAGCUGGAGCCAGGCAUCUGCCUGGUCCCUGAGACCCUGAGCUGUGGAGUUAGUGUGGGGAGCAGGCCCCACAAGCGGCCCCUGAGAAUGCAGAGCCUGCUUUAACUCCUGAUGGCAUCUUGGAGGUCCAGGCAGGCCCUCUCAACUUCGUCACCAUGUUCCCUUGAGCAUUGUGUGGGAGAAAUGCCAGGGCAGCCCUAGGCCACCCAAAAAUGAGGCUAAGAUAUGACAGUCCUUUAGAAAGAGGCAAAUUUUGCCUGUUCAGUGCAGCUGUUAUCACAUUGCCACCUAUCUGCAGCAGGAGAGAAGGGGCCACUGGUUUCAGCCUUUUAGUGUUUGCCUGUCAUGGGGGUAAGUGCAGUCACUGCCCAGCUUCCAUUCUCUGUAAUGGCCCCAGGCAAUGCCACUGAAGGCCAUACCUGGGCCCUCAGAAUGUUCAGUCCUGAACACCAGCCAGCUGCCAGGCCUGGGGUCAGAUGCUGGACCCUUAGACACUCCUUUGCAGCCUGGACAUAUGGGUGUUUCCAUUUGCUUUCUGGGUGCUUGAAAUGCCCAUUGUAGCUCCCUCCAGGCACAAAGACAACCCAGCCACCAGCUUUUCAGACCAUGUUUCAGAUGGCCUUGGGCCCAUGGAAGAGGCCUAGUAAGAUCUCCAAACCAGAAAUUCUGGCUGUAUGUCCCUGGUCAGUGCUUCCAUUUCUCCUCUCCUCUCCUUUCCUCUCCUCUCUCUCUCCUCUCUCCUCUGCCCUCCCUCCCUCUCUCCCUAGCAAGAGGUGAAGUGCUCACCUCACACAUCCAGAGGCCUCCAGGGUAGACCACGGCUAGGAUGCCUAGUCUCUGACCUCAUCAUGGUUCUAGUUCUCAUAUCGAACUCUAGAAUUUUAAAGAACUCUAGAAUUUGACCACAGACUAGAGUGCUACACAGGAUUCUGGGAUUCUGGCAUCUGAUGUGGGUUUCUAGAAUGUUGUGAUUAAAGGAGCCAGCCAGGUGUAAUACAGUCAAGGCAGCCCUCAGCCUAGAGACAGUCUGUGAAAUCCCAGGUGAUGGCCUUGGGGGAAAUGGGGGGCUUUGUCCAUCAGCUCCUACCAGAGGCCUUGUUGUGACAUGGUCCUCAGUGCAGACCUGAAGCCCUGCAGCCUCCCGCCAUCGCAGCUGCAGUGGAGAAAACCCAAUGUCCUAAGAACAGACGCACACCCAGCUCCACGCCAGUCCUUCUUGUUUACCUUUUGCUUUGUUAAUUACACGUCAGGCUCCCAGAGGGCUCCCAAACUAAUAGGAAGCAUUUCUGUAACCAGCCUGCCACCCACUGAUUCAGAAAUAGAAAUUGCAUUCUACAAUCUAUGGCUUCCAUCAGCUGGCCCAGGAAAUACUUGCAAUCGGUAUUCCAAUUAGAGUCAGGUCUCUCGAUUGUAUCAUUUGCCAAUUAAAUAACUGAGACAUAAAUCUGGGAACAGAGCCACAAAUCUGCCUUUGAGAUGCUGGCUGAUCUCAAGGCCAUCAGUGAUCUGGGGGAGAGGGGAAUAAACAUUCCCAGUCAUGACCACCCCAAUUAAGCGUGCAGUUGGCAAAGCGUCACUUCUGUCUGCCCCUGUACCAGCCCUGCUCUGGCCACCUCUCUGCAGGAGAGGCUGCCCCUGUGCUGGCAAAGCUUGCUUGUUGAGUCCUGGUAUCUUUCCCAAAUAAGUGUUAUAUCUUUAGAAGUGGCCCUCAGUGGGAAGGAGUCAAGAGAUGAGGCCCCUUCCAGAAUCUAGGAUAACAAGAGUGUUGUAAUUUGGAGAGUCAAGUUAGGAUUCCUCAUCAGAGAGCAAUGCAGCAUCAUUAAAAUAAAAACUGUGCCUUUUAAAAAGAAAAAAAUGCAAAUAUACAGCAAAUCCCUAAACUUGAACCAUUUCCUAGUGCCUUGCUAGACAAACAUAAAGGGGCAGGGAUUGGGGGGCGGGGAGGGAGUAUUUGGUGGUAUGUGCAGUUCUUAUUGGAUGAAUGUGUAUUUCUUAAUGUCUAAUUUCAAGCAGGAGACGUUGGGCCUAGAGCAGGAUCUAAGAUGCAGAUGCCCCCCCCCCUCCCCCCAAGGGCAGAGGCCAGAAGUUGUCCCAGUUAGUGUAACACUCCACUCAGAUUAAAAGAGCAGCUGGACAGCUCGUGUAGUCUGUGGCCUAGAAGGGCCUCAGCAGCCCCUGGGAGAGGGCCCUGUUUGGAGGCCAUGCCUGCAGUCCUCCAUCCAAGCCCCCAGACAGAGUGCAGAGCACUGGCUGGAUUUCCAAAUGGUCCCACUCCAAGUGGAUGACAGUGUUCUCGGCACGACCGGGACUCAUGUGGAAAGCAGGAGCAGCCCCAGCAGUCCUCAGCCUUCCCUUCUCCCAUCCUUUGGGUCUCCUUUUGAGUCUGGUUUCCCUCACUCAACAAGGGAUGAGAAGGUCCUCUGAGCAUGCUGGCGUUUGUCACUGAUGAGCCCACAUCUGUAGGGGCUGGAAGUUGACAACAUGUGUGAGAGGGAUGGCAGGAGACCAGUUCAUUGCCUAACUGACCAGCUGGCUGGUUGCAGCCACUCAUUCUUUUGGCCUCCUUUUUUUAAACUAGCUGUCUUAAGGAUUCAGAUUCCUACUCACACCCCCAGCUGAUGCCCAAAUAAAACAUCCAGGAGCCCGUGGAGAGGCUGUCAGGUAAGGGGUGAGAAUGUGGACCCUUUUCCCUCUAAAGCCUUUAUUCUGAGCAUAAGGUCACAAAACAAAUGAGUGGCUAGAAGGUAUCAUGACCGUGUGGCCCACCAGCAGGCUUUCCAAAGGGGACUCCAGAAACAUUUCGGAAUAGAAAGAGCAGCCUUGCUGUAAGUACAAGGCCUUUGGAGGUGGCCAAAUGUGCAGGCCUGGAUGUGCCUCCAAUUGGAGCUUGUUUCAACUUUAAAAGCAGUCCAGAAAUUGUCAUUUCUCCCCUUUGGGAAGAAAUAGCUCAGAGACAGAAGGGGGUGCAUAUGUAGAAGGGAUCUGAUGAGUGUGACAUUAGGUCCAAGGGAGAAAGCAGUUACUGAAAAUGGAGCAUAUGGAUUCCCAAAGUCCACAUUAUAGUCACUUUUCAAACCUCCUACCUGUUGAAUUUCCUUUUCUCCCUAAGACACAGGUGACAUCCUUGAAAAUGGCUCCAUAUUUCUUUCUGUGCAUCUCCGUUUUUCUAGUCUCUGGAAUCUCAAAAAGUGGCAAGCACCUUCCAGGCAUCACUGGGAAAUCUAGAUUCUUUGCUUCAACAACCCUUAGUUGGUACAGAUUGGUGAUCUUGUAUAAUUCCUAGGAGACAAUGCAUUUUUUAUGUUUUCUGAAGAUUUUUAAGUGUGGGAUAGGGGCAAGGAGUGUGUUUCUAUUCUGGAACUCUUCUCUGCUUUCAACUGAUGCUCUUUGUGAAAAUCCAAGUAAUAUUUUAGUUCAAACUUGAUCUUGAGCCAAGGCCCACUGCCACCUCUGGAGUGGGUCUUGGACCUACAUUCCAAGUGACAAGGUCCUGUUACCAUUCACUCCCCAAAUGGUUUUGAUUCAGCCAUGCCAGACCAUAGAAUCAGGCUCCUGUUCUGUUUGGGCUUGAAGUCUGGGUUCCCAAGGGAAUUAUAGGCAGGAACUGUUUGAGAAGUCAGAUGGAGAUUUCAUAGAGAAAUCUCAAGACCGCCAGCCUCUCUUCUCCUGCCUGGAAAAGUGAGCCUUUGUGAAGAACUGAUUUACAUGUACAGUUGUGAUUGUGACUGAGUAAACCUCCAGACUUUCUCUAA